CCGUCACCAAACAAAUGUUCCCAAGCUCCAACUCCUCCAUUAGUUAAGCUUUCCCUUCCUUUCCAAGUGCCAAUAAAAACCUCAGCCAGUAGCUUCGACCCCUCUCAGGUCUACCUCGCCUUUCAUACUCAUUUCUUGAAUUCAUGGCGUCUUUUAUGUUCUUGCUCUUCUUUUGUAUCUCCAUUCCAUUUCUCUCUGUUUCGUCUUCACAGAUUGUUCUUCCUCUGAGUCACUCUCUGGUAAAUACCCAAUUUAACAAUACUCAUCACCUUCUCAAAUCCUCCUCUGUUCAGUCCACCACCAGAUUCCGCAACCACCACCAUGGCCAUCUUCCACGCCGCCAAAUCUCUCUCCCUCUCGCUCCCGGUAGCGACUACGUCCUCACCUUGUCUCUCGGCUCUGACCCAGCUCAAACCAUCUCCCUUUACAUGGACACGGGUAGCGACCUCGUCUGGUUCCCCUGCGCCCCUUUCGAAUGCAUACUCUGCGAAGGCAAAUACGAUACCUCCGCCACCACUCCUCCUCCUAACGUCUCUUCCUCUGCUUUUGUCCCCUGUAACUCCCCUUCUUGCUCCGCUGUCCACUCAUCCCUCCCAUCCUCUGACCUCUGUGCAAUCUCUCGCUGCCCACUCGUGACCAUUGAAACCUCGGAUUGCUCUUCCUUCGCUUGCCCACCUUUCUACUACGCUUACGCCGACGGCAGCUUCAUUGCCCGUCUAUACCGCGACAGUAUAUCGAUACCAAUGUCAUCUCCUUCGCUUCGCCUCAAAAAUUUCACCUUCGGGUGUGCUCACACCGCACUCGCAGAACCAAUCGGCGUGGCUGGUUUCGGCCGAGGCGCUCUCUCUUUGCCAGCACAGCUAGCUAAUCUCUCCCCCCAACUCAGUAGCUCGUUCUCUUACUGUUUGGUUUCUCACUCCUUCAAUGAGCAGAAAUUUCAUCGGCCUAGCCCAUUAAUUCUUGGCCGUUACUCUCUGAAUGAUGAAGAGAAGAAGCAAUCUGUCGAUGGGGAAAGUGACUUUCAGUAUACAAAAAUGCUUGACAACCCCAAAUACCCAUACUUCUACUGCGUUGGGCUUGAAGCAGUCUCAGUCGGAGGGAGUAGAAUUCCGGCACCGGAGAUAUUAAAGAGAGUGAAUAGUAAAGGCGAUGGUGGGAUGGUGGUGGAUUCCGGCACCACAUUUACAAUGCUACCGGCGAAGCUGUAUGAAGCAGUGGUGGCAGAGUUCGACCACCGAGUCGGCCGGGUUUACAAGCGGUCGAGAGAGACAGAAGACCAGACGGGGCUCAGUCCGUGUUAUUACAUUGAUGACUCGGUGAAUAAGGCGGCGUUUGCGAAGGUGCCGAAGUUGGCACUGCACUUCGUAGGGAACGCAACUGUUGUUCUACCGACCAGGAAUUACUUCUAUGGGUUCACCAACGGUGGUGAUGGAGUGGGUAAAAAGAGGAAGGUGGGGUGUUUGAUGUUGAUGAACGGUGGAAUUGAUGCGAAUUCAGGUGGGCCCGCGGCUUUGCUGGGGAACUACCAGCAGCAAGGUUUCGAAGUGAUGUACGAUUUGGAAAAGGGUAGGGUUGGGUUCGCCCGGAAGCAAUGCUCUACCCUUUGGGAUAGUCUGAACCGGGGACGCUAACCUACGCUGGUUCUCUCUACCUUUGCCAAAGGGGUUGACUUUAACACUUAAAAGUCGAAAGCGGGC